GUCUAUGCAAUAUUAGUUAGUCACCCUCCUGCUCCCAACGAUCACCUAACACCAACACCCGUAUCAUACACUGCUGGCUUCUACAGGAUCCCUGUCAUUGGUCUGACAACACGCAUGUCUAUAUAUUCUGAUAAGAGCAUCCACCUGUCCUUUUUGCGCACGGUCCCACCAUACUCUCACCAGGCCAACGUCUGGUUUGAGAUGAUGAGAGUCUUCAACUGGAAUCACGUCAUUCUGAUAGUCAGUGACGACCACGAAGGUCGUGCUGCACAAAAGAAGCUGGAGACCCUCUUGGAGGAGAAAGAGUCCAAGAGUAAAAAAAGGAACUAUGAAAACCUCGACCAACUUUCCUAUGACAACAAGCGAGGACCCAAGGCUGAGAAAGUGCUUCAGUUUGACCCUGGAACCAAAAACGUGACAUCGCUGCUGCUGGAGGCUAAGGAGCUGGAGGCUCGCGUCAUCAUCCUUUCUGCCAGUGAGGAUGAUGCGGCCACGGUGUACAGAUCAGCAGCCAUGCUCAAUAUGACGGGCUCCGGCUACGUGUGGCUGGUGGGGGAACGGGAGAUAUCGGGCAAUGCCCUGCGUUAUGCCCCUGAUGGAGUGAUUGGUUUGCAGCUCAUCAACGGGAAGAAUGAGUCAGCCCACAUCAGUGAUGCUGUUGCGGUGGUGGCCCAGGCCGUGCACGACUUGUUUGAGAAGGAGAAUAUCACAGACCCGCCGCGGGGCUGUGUGGGCAACACCAACAUCUGGAAGACAGGACCCCUUUUCAAGAGGGUGUUGAUGUCCUCCAAGUACUCGGAGGGUGUCACUGGGCGGGUGGAGUUCAACGAGGACGGGGACAGGAAGUUUGCAAACUACAGCAUCAUGAACCUGCAGAAUCGGAAACUGGUCCAAGUUGGGAUUUACAAUGGCAGCCAUGUCUUGACCAACGACCGGAAGAUUAUCUGGCCAGGGGGAGAAACUGAGAAACCUCAAGGCUAUCAGAUGUCGACCAAGUUGAAGAUCGUGACAAUCCACCAAGAGCCCUUUGUGUAUGUGAAACCCACGCAAGCAGACGGGACGUGCAGGGAGGAAUUCACCAUCAAUGGAGAUCCUGUUAAAAAGGUCUUUUGCACUGGACCCAACGAGACCAUCCCAGGCCGCCCCACCGUAGCACUGUGCUGCUACGGCUUCUGCAUCGACCUGCUCAUCCGGCUGGCAGGGGUGAUGAACUUCACCUACGAGGUUCACCUGGUGGCUGAUGGAAAAUUUGGUACCCAAGAACGGGUCAACAACAGCAAUAAGAAGGAGUGGAACGGGAUGAUGGGGGAGCUGCUAAGCGGCCAAGCAGACAUGAUCGUGGCUCCCCUCACCAUCAACAACGAGCGGGCACAGUACAUUGAGUUCUCCAAGCCCUUCAAGUACCAGGGCCUCACCAUCCUUGUGAAGAAGGAAAUCCCCCGCAGCACCUUGGACUCAUUCAUGCAGCCUUUCCAGAGCACGCUUUGGCUGCUGGUGGGGCUGUCUGUACACGUGGUGGCAGUGAUGUUGUACCUCUUAGACCGAUUCAGCCCAUUUGGCCGGUUCAAAGUGAACAGUGAGGAGGAGGAGGAAGAUGCCCUGACCCUUUCCUCAGCCAUGUGGUUCUCCUGGGGAGUCCUGCUGUUUUUGCAUCGGAGAAGGCUGGUAGGAAACUUGGUGGUGCUGGGGGUGGCACACUUGUCGCACUUGUGCGGACCAUCCUGCCACCCCUCACCAUCAGUGUUGGGAAACGAGUCUUUCUGGGGCUGCUUCUCCUGCCCAGGGUUACCCAUCCACUGGAUGGGUGCUCCCCGGAGUUUCUCUGCUCGUAUUCUUGGCAUGGUGUGGGCUGGCUUUGCUAUGAUCAUUGUGGCUUCAUACACUGCCAACCUGGCAGCCUUCCUGGUGUUAGACCGGCCUGAAGAGAGAAUCACGGGCAUUAACGACCCCCGGUUGCGCAACCCCUCUGAUAAGUUCAUCUACGCUACAGUGAAGCAGAGCUCGGUGGACAUCUACUUCCGACGGCAGGUAGAGCUGAGCACCAUGUACCGGCAUAUGGAGAAGCACAACUACGAGAGUGCUGCCGAAGCCAUCCAGGCAGUGAGGGACAACAAGCUCCAUGCCUUCAUCUGGGACUCAGCGGUGCUGGAGUUCGAAGCCUCCCAGAAGUGUGACCUGGUGACGACGGGGGAACUUUUCUUCCGCUCCGGCUUUGGGAUCGGGAUGCGCAAGGACAGCCCGUGGAAGCAGAACGUCUCCCUGGCCAUCCUCAAGUCCCACGAGAACGGCUUCAUGGAGGAUUUGGACAAGACUUGGGUGAGGUAUCAGGAGUGUGAUUCCCGUAGCAAUGCCCCAGCAACACUCACCUUUGAAAAUAUGGCAGGUGUGUUUAUGCUGGUGGCUGGAGGUAUUGUUGCCGGGAUAUUUUUAAUAUUCAUAGAAAUAGCUUACAAAAGGCAUAAGGACGCGCGGAGGAAGCAGAUGCAGCUGGCGUUUGCGGCCGUUAAUGUGUGGAGGAAAAACCUGCAGGAUAGAAAAAGUGGUAGAGCAGAACCUGACCCUAAAAAGAAAGCCACUUUUAGGUCCAUCACCUCCACCCUGGCCUCCAGCUUCAAGAGACGUAGGUCCUCCAAGGAUACGCCCUGCAGAAUGGUCCCUCAGGAGUGCCAGAGAGACAGGCUGGCACCAUGGAACCAAGACAGCCCUGGGAAGCUACCAUCCCACUCUGAACGUCCUAGCGCCCACCAUCACCCGAGCUGCACAGCCUCUCCGCGGCACAUCAUCCCCACCGCCCCAGGAGGAGAUGCAUGUGUUCCCCAUAGGCAGCUCCUGCAACUCGAAUAGCACUCGUAGAGCUGACGUACUGCCAUCCAUCGCAGCCACCCACGAUACUGCAACCCCACAGAAGCCAUGUGAGAUGCAUAAACCACACAGACACCUUCCGAGCCGGCACAUUUCGUACAGACACGUAACGAGGUGCACAGGUCCCUUAGCCCCUCCACUGCAGCCAUCAUCAGCCCCCCCAGAGUCACACUGCCAGCCCACAGGCAUGUGUCCCCCCUUGCCCCGACACAGCAUGACACACAUCCCACGUCACCGUCAACCGAGGGCCUGGCGCUGUGAGGCGGUGCUCGCCCUGCAGCCGUGGGGAUGGUGCCAGAGCUGGCCAAGAACCGAGGGGGUUCAUGGAAAAGGUCACUUUUUCAGUGAAGGAUCAGCCGUCCCAAAGCCAAACGCUUCUUGGCUGAAAAAGAACCUAGUUUUUGGCCCAAAAGAAUCAAAAGUAGGUCAAAGGCAACUGCUUUUUUUUUUUUUUUUUUUUUUUAAGGCAAGUUGACAUUUUCUACAGCAAGAUUGCAUUUAGCUGGAAUCCUAAUUUUUAGUUGAAGAAACAAACAAACAAACAAACCCCAAACUUCUUCCAGAAAAUCUUCCACCAGCCAGGGACUACCAUAUGAACCCAGAUUAGGUUGAAGUCAUUUUUAAAGACAUAUUAAGUUCUUGUCUAUAUUUUCUUCCUGGUUGUCAUUUAAAGUUUUUGGUGCCUUCACUUCACUUCCAUACCUUAACAUGUUUGAGUCUCUUCUACGGUUAAUAUUGAUUAAUUUCUUGGCUUUCUAAUGUUUGGUUUGGGGAUAAUUGCACCAUCCCUGUAAUAUAAUUUACCCUAAAUUACUGAUAUGUGCUUCUAGCAUUAGUUCUACUUUAACAUAGUUUUGACAUGACAGUUUUCUUGCUUUUUUUUUCUUUUCCUUUUUUUUUUUAAUUUUUAUUAUUAAAAAUUGCAUGCAUGAACUCUACACAAAAAAAGUAAAUGAGAAUGUUACCCUGUGAUAACUGUGAUUGGAGGAGAUAUGCUUUCAAAUCAAAA